CCCAAUUUUUAUAACCAAUAUAUUGGGUUGGUGUUAAAUGAAAACAUAAAGAGCCUUUUCACUUCUUCUCACCCUUGGAGAGUUGAGAUCCAUAGAUAGUUGAGUGUGCAGGGGUGAGUUAAUAAAAAGAAGAAAGACGUACGAAAAAAGAGAGAGAAGCCGAAAACAAAAAAUUCCUGGAGAAGCGCGCACUGCGAUUGAUUGUGUUGCGCUUGAGGGGGCUCCUCCAGCCGUAUUUGUGAUUAGCUUUCUGCAAAAAUUGGUGGCUCAUUAAAAGUGAGUUUUGCUUGAAAAAGAAACCGAUUCUUUAGUACCCUAUAAACCCCAUUAUAUUUUAUUUAUUUUUUGUCAACAAUUUGGCAUUUAUAUAAACUUUUCUCUCUCAUUCCUGCACUGCAAUUGCAGCUGCUGUAAUAAUUGUGCUAUUAAUUGAUCAUCAUCUUAUACACCCUUUUACUUCUUCUAAAGCUGUUUAAAGAUACUUUUACAAGACUUCACACCAAACACAACUGCUCUAUUUAGCGCAAGUGUGACAUUGAACAACAAGAUCCAGGGCAGCUAGAGGAAAGUUCAUCUGCAUCACUCAGUCACUCACUCAGCGAGUGAAUAUUCACUUGAAAAACAUGGUAUCCCAGAAGCAAGGUGAGGAAGCAAUCGUGUCUAAUUUCAAUGAAAAUGAGAGUCAAAGUAACAUGGAGAGUAAGGGAAUAGAUGGUGAUAAAGAGGAUGAUCAGCCCAUGUUUAGCGUAAAAAGCUUUUUCUGGCACGGUGGUUCUGUUUGGGAUGCCUGGUUCAGCUGUGCCUCCAAUCAAGUGGCACAGGUGCUGCUAACUCUUCCAUACUCUUUCUCUCAAUUAGGCAUGCUAUCAGGCAUUAUACUUCAGAUAUUCUACGGUUUUAUGGGUAGUUGGACUGCAUACCUCAUUAGUGUUCUUUAUGUUGAGUAUCGAAGCCGAAAGGAGAAAGAAGGUGUUAGCUUCAAAAACCAUGUCAUUCAGUGGUUUGAAGUUCUGGAUGGCCUAUUGGGACCGUAUUGGAAAGCAGUGGGUCUAGCCUUCAAUGUUACUUUCCUUCUCUUCGGAUCUGUGAUUCAACUCAUUGCUUGCGCAAGCAAUAUAUACUAUGUCAAUGACCAUUUAGACAAACGCACAUGGACAUAUAUAUUUGGAGCAUGCUGUGCUACAACUGUGUUCGUCCCCUCCUUCCAUAACUACCGUAUUUGGUCUUUUCUUGGCCUUGGCAUGACCACUUACACUGCUUGGUACAUGGCCAUUGCGGCCCUCGUCAAUGGACAGGCGGAAGGGGUAACACAUUCCGGGCCAACGAAGCUAGUGCUGUAUUUUACGGGCGCCACUAACAUACUGUACACUUUUGGUGGACAUGCUGUCACAGUGGAAAUUAUGCAUGCCAUGUGGAAGCCCCAAAAGUUUAAGUACAUCUAUCUGCUGGCCACACUCUAUGUCUUCACUCUAACACUUCCGUCUGCUGCGGCUGUCUACUGGGCCUUCGGUGAUGAACUCCUCAACCACUCAAAUGCGUUUUCUCUCCUUCCAAAGAACGCUUUCCGUGAUGCUGCCGUUAUAUUAAUGCUCAUCCAUCAGUUUAUUACAUUUGGGUUUGCUUGUACUCCGUUAUACUUUGUGUGGGAGAAGGUGAUUGGUAUGCACGACACAAAAAGUAUAUGUUUAAGGGCCAUAGUGAGGCUCCCUGUUGUGAUCCCAAUAUGGUUCUUAGCCAUCAUAUUCCCCUUCUUUGGGCCCAUCAAUUCCGCUGUGGGUGCCCUCUUGGUUAGCUUCACUGUCUAUAUCAUCCCAGCUCUUGCCCAUAUGCUCACUUAUAAAGACGCCUCUGCCAGAAAGAAUGCUGCAGAGAAGCCGCCGUCCUUCCUUCCAAGUUGGACAGCCAUGUAUGCUAUAAAUAUGUUCAUAGUUGUAUGGGUACUGGUGAUAGGAUUUGGUUUUGGUGGAUGGGCUAGCAUGACCAACUUUGUCAGGCAGGUUGACACUUUUGGACUCUUUGCUAAGUGCUACCAGUGCAAACCUCCAGUAGCGCCGUCACUUGCCUCCCCACCUCAUUCCCAGCACUAAAUAUUUGAUCUCAGAAUUCCAGCUAAAGCAGAAAUGGGGCCAAACCCCUCCACAUUUUGUACCAUACAUGGGAACAGCAGUAGCAAUAUUUUGCCUACAUUAAUUACAAUAUGCAUGGUGCGCUAUUUUUUUCCCUUACACCUUUCUUAUUAUGUAUGUCUUGUAACAUUUCACAGAAUUAGAGAAUUAUGACGAAUCAAUGUCACUAUGAGUUGAACAGUCGAUGUUUAA